UGAGUGCAGUUGUGUCAAACUCAAUCUCAACAUAACCAAAACGUUAUAUCUUAGAAGUAAAUUAAUUGUCUUAUCGAUUAAUCGUACAUUUGUAAUAAGUGCAGUGAACAUUUUACCUUAAUAUUAUGACUUCUUCUUUUCUUCUUAACUGUUUGUGUUCUUUCGUGGGUUCGUUUUUUUAAAUGUCCGUGUCUAAUGCCAAUCAAAAUCAAUCGAUCUUCCUACAAUUAGGCCAAUUCUUAUGGUAGAUUUAUAUUCUUAGUUUUCAUUGCAAGGUUCGCCUGAUAUUAUUUGUUAUACUUCAGCCUAGCCUAUUUUAGAUUUCAACAUGAGAAACUCAUGUAAUUGCUACAGCUGUUGUUACUUUAUAUCUCUUGUCACUUUGGGUUCAGUUUUCAUUACAGUAUUAUUAUCCAUAAUUUUAGGAGAAUCCACCUCAUAUUUUUCUAAAAUUGAUGAUUUUCAUAACAACCAACCCCGAAUACCUUUUGCCAUCAACACCUGGCCUUUUACUAACGCAACUGCUGCAGCAUGGGAUGCUUUGUACAACCGCAAUCUCUCUGCUCUGGAUGCAGUUGAGAUCGGGUGCACAGUUUGCGAACAGGAGCAAUGCGAUUUCACUGUUGGCUACGGAGGAAGUCCUGACGAGAACGGGGAAACUACUCUCGACGCUUUUAUCAUGGACGGGAUGACGAUGAACGUCGGUGCUGUCGGAGCGUUACGAGGUGUAAAAUCCGCCAUCUCUGUGGCACGGAGAGUCCUGGAGAACACCAAACACUCCAUUCUUGUCGGAGAGUUGGCCACUCAGUUCGCCAUCAACAUGGGCUUCAAGUCAGAAUCUUUGUCGACGAACCAGUCAGAAGCUACUUGGCGGAAUUGGGUCGGAAGCAACUGUCAACCAAACUAUUGGACCAAUGUGGCUCCUGAUCCCAAGCAGCAGUGUGGGCCGUACAAACCUCGCAGAGGCAGCGACGGGACAAACGGUGAAACCAAACAGCCCGGCCACGACACAAUCUCUAUGAUAGCCAUGGACCGGCUGGGUCAGGUAGCCGUGGGGACUAGUAGCAACGGAGCCAAUCAUAAAAUACCCGGGAGGGUGGGAGAUGCUCCACUUGUAGGGGCUGGAGGCUACGCAGACGGGGCUGUAGGCGGGGCAGCUUGUACUGGAGAUGGAGACGUCAUGAUGCGUUUUCUGCCCAGUUUCCUGGCUGUGGAAGAGAUGCGAAGAGGUUCGUCUCCUGCUGCAGCGACUCGAGAGGCCGUCUCUCGUAUCAAACAGUUCUACCCAUCAUUCAGUGGCGCCAUCAUUGCUGCCAACCUGUAUGGUGAGUACGCAGCCGCUUGUCAUGGAAUGGACACGUUCCCUUUCUCUGUUCAUGAUCCGCACCAUCCAGAGGGGAUUGUUUUACGAGUUCCGUGUAUAUGA